ACCAGUACAUGUGUAUGAAAAUAGCGUCCAUGGAAUGGAUAUGUGCACCAACUAUAACUUAGGCUGACAACAUGAUAUUCAAUCACAUUCAUCAUGACGCAAAAAUCAUGUUUUAUUCUAAACCAUAUCAUUUCAAAGUUCAUCUCAGUGAGUAUCAUCUUGAGACCUGUAGUUUAGUACCACUGUAGUAUCUAUUGUAAUGGACGGAACAGGAAACGUUGAAGGACUAACAUUCAGUCAGGCUUAUUUUCUGAGAAAGAAAAGAGAAGAAAAAGAACAGUUAGGAAAAGUCAAGAAAGACGACAGACUUCCCUACAUCAGCUCCGUCCAUGAAUUACACCGCACACUUCAAAAGACAGCCGAGAAGCUUCACGAAGAUCCAUCAUCAAAUGUUAAAUCCAUCAAAGCAACUUUGGCUUUGGUAACUGAUUCACUGGCAAUCCAUGUGAGUGAGUGGAAAGAUGAACACAAUCUUAAUCUGAUUCACCAUUGCAUAUUGAACAGUAAACACGAUAUUAUUCAUUACUUACUAUCCGACACGUCGUUCUUCCCCAAAUCACACAUACCGUAUCAGAACCCAUAUGCACAUGUCGCUGCGUUGUUAGGAGACAAAGAUUGUCUUCGAAUUAUCCUCCAACAUCGACCAGGAGAUUUUUUCAAAAUUACCAACCCAAGUCAAUUUAUUAAACUUCCGGAUGAGUAUCUGCGUAGAUUUAAAGUAAGAGACGGAUUUAUCAAAAGCAGUUUAUUGGAUAAGAUAAAAUCGUCCACGGAUUCCGCUGAGCUUAAUACAGAAACAUUAAAAUAUGAUUUAGAACAAUUUUGGGAUAGCGGAUCCGAUUUUAAAAAAGUUAAAGAGAAGUCGUUGAAAAGACCGGCCAAGGAUGUUAAUUUUAAAUCAGUAUCAGCGAAAUCAUCAACCGAAACUUCUACACGAACCUCAGAUGCAACUGUGAAGAUUCAGAGACCUAGCAAAACACAGCACGUUGUUAGAUCGAGUGAAGAAAAUCUCAGAACAUUCAGAACAAUUCGGGGUAAACAUAGUCAGAAACCCCAUUUAAACAAUCCACAUUUUAUUAGUGUGUAUUGGAACGUAUUUUCACAAUCCAAAGAAGGGGUCUUGAAAGGAGCCGGUGUUCCGGCAAGGCUGCAGUUCUGUCCUAGAUUGAACAGUUCUGGGAUGUAUCUUGAUAAAGCUGGCUCGUCUAUCUUAAACAACAAGACAAUAAAACCCAAUAAUAUAUUUGAAGGCAAACCACAGCCGCCGAAGAAAAAAGUUUCAGAAAAUGAAGAUUUAAGAUCAGGGACAAAUCUUAAUGUAACACCAAGCAAUACCGGCCAGAAAGUCAAAGAUGCUCACAAAAUGAAUUCAUUUAGUAGAAUAGAAGUCGGUGUUCGGGGAAAAAAGAAACUGAAGGACUUUGUGUUAAAAAUAGAACAUCACAGUAAGCGUAUUGAAGAUGACGCCCAAAAGUACAUGAACAAGACUCCGCUGACUCUCGCAGCUGAGAAAGGGCACAUGGAUUGUGUCCUUUACCUUCUGACGCACGUCAUUUUAAAAACCUCUCCAAUGUUAGCUACCAAAGAACCGCUGACGUUGGCCACCAAAGCGAGAAGCCCUGAAUCGAUUCUGUUGCUGGUUGAUAAGAAAAUGUCACGCUGGGACUACCAAAGCGCUGUGCUGCUUGCGAUUAGGGAGAUGUACCCAGAUUGUUUAACAGCACUUUUAUCUGUCAAUGGUAAGGAGAGAAACACUUUAUUCGACGGAGAGAACCUAUUCCACGUUCUGUACUCACAGAGUCUGAUCUCUAACUAUCGUUACGAAAUGUUGCCAGAAAUGACCCGUGUUCUCAUCAGCUGUAAAGAAAACGUAAAUGCCCACAAUAUCAAUCGAACUUUUCCUUUGUACACUCUCAUAACCUGCGCGUUUAAUAUAACUGCAGUGAAGCAAAUCUACUAUUACAUAGACUGCCUUGUCAUGCUUCUAGAAGCUAAAGCAAAUCCUCAUUACUGCGAAGAAAAAGCGGAGAAAGAUGGCGUCAAAUGUUCUGGUUCAUCCUUCACAAGAAAAUCCUACUCAUCCGCCAUAAGCUGUAUUUUGGAAUGCGCGAAGACUUCGAUGGGUUUUUUUGAGAAAACUUCAUGGUCAAAGCAGUUCAUGAAGAAAUUUAUAACUGCAAUUGAAUACCACGACCGAUCUAAAAGAACGAUCUUGAAAGAGGUGCUAUUUGAUUACACUAAUGUCGCGCAUUUUCUGGGCUUAGAUCGCGGCAUCAUUAAAGCACUUUUGAGAUUCGGGGCAAACCCGGACCACAAAAGAAAUGGAAAAUUCGCGGUCAACGUCUACUUUGAUAACAUCCUGCCAUACUUGACCAAAUUUGAGGUGAUCAACUCCUACGAUCAUUAUUUAAAUGAACUUUCAGAUCUGAUGUACAUGUGCCGUGGUAUGUCGCACCAGUGCCUGCAUGAAGCUCUGAAGAUAUUUUUAGAUGAUCAUCUAUUGGUCACACCAAUCCAAGCUCUGCCAAUCUGUCGAUAUUUCUCAUACCUCAUCAAUGAAAUGAUUAAGACUCCUAGGUCCCUCGUAGAGUUAACUGCUCAGGAAAUCUGGAUCUAUUUAGGCAGGAAUAAAACUAGAGUGACUUCCCUUUCACUACCCGAAGACAUAUUAGCCUUGAUUGUACCUUAGUGUAUCGAACAUCUAACUGACAAAAAUAAAAUAAACAACCAUUA